AUGCAGCGGCAAACGCACAUUAUUGAUGGCCAGUACCUUGUCAUCAAACUUCUGGGAAGUGGGGCCUUUGGAGAUGCUUUUCUUGUGAAGCACCUCAACGAGGGCUCUUUGUUCGUCCUCAAGUGCUCAAAGGCGGCCCGAGGUAACGAUCGCGUUCUUGACGAAGCAAAAAAUAUGCUGUUGACUACAAGCGACCAUGUUGUACGGUGCUACCGCGCCUGGAUUGAGCCAGAGGAUCAUCGAUGCUGCAUGCUGCUGGAGUAUUGUGAUGGGGGGGACCUGGAGAAUCACCUUGGUCUCGCCUUUCCGUUUUCGGAGUCUCAACUGCUCUCAAUGUUCGCACAGCUGCUGAUGGGGCUUGACCAUGUCCAUCUCAAGCAUCUCAUACAUCGGGACAUCAAACUGCAGAAUCUCAUGUUUCAGCGUUCCACGGGCAUGGUGAAGAUUGGUGAUUUUGGCCUGAGCAAAGCCUUGCAAUUUACGGAUGAGGCCUCCGUCACACGUUUGGGAACACCAUUGUAUUUCUCCCCAGAGGUCGUCUCUGGUUUGGAGUAUACUAGGAAAACUGAUGUGUGGAGCCUGGGUGUGGCGUUUUAUCGAUUGAUGACAAAUGCGCUUCCAUUCCCGGCAACUAGUGUGGAAGAAGUCUAUGAAUACCUUGGAAAGAAACGAGCGGUGCAUCCGUGUCGACUAAGGGAAGGCCAUUACUCUGAGUCCCUGGGUGAUUUGGUAAUGAAGAUGUUAACUAAGAGUCGCACCAAACGGCCCACGGCGAGGGAACUACUUGCACUUCCCCUCUUUGUCCCAGUGCUGCGUUCAUGGCCAUGGCAACAUCCUCGGCUUAAGGGGGCAAGCUGUCUUUUUGUCUGUCGGCCACACUCUAGUGUCAACGUUCGCUCUCAACCAUCGUUGAGUGCCGAACGAAUUGGGGUAUUUGAAUACGGCGAUCAAAUCUUUGUAAGUAGUGAGCGCUUGAGUACGGGGGAUACGACAUGGCAUCACGUUCUCUAUCCGCUGGAGGGUUAUUGCAUCACUGCCACAGACAAGGGCCUACACCUUUUUCAGCGCGUCGAUGAUCCUGCCAGGUGCUCUCCGAUUACUCGAUGA